AUGGUUAAGAUACAGAAAGUGUUGAGCGUUGCCACUUUACUCUCUGUCGCUUUGGCUUUGGGUAUUUCCAAGGUUACUGAAGCUUUAGAAGGGUCUAUUACCACACAAUAUACCUCAGACUUGACUAGAUUUUGCAAUAGAGACGUGUUUGUCAAACAAAUCCAUUCACAUAACGAUUACUGGAGAGAUAUUCCAUUAUAUACAGCUCUAUCUUAUGGUGUACAAUCAGUUGAAGCCGAUGUUUGGCAUUUUGAAGGUGAUGAUACAAUCUAUGUUGGUCAUCAUGAAGCUGCUUUGAACGCUGAAAGAACUUUUGAAGCAACUUAUAUUAACCCAUUAGUUCAAAUAUUAACUGCUGCUAAUCCAAAUAAUACAUUUACAGCAUCUGAAACUAAACCAAAUGGUGUUUUUGAUACAGAUUCAGGUGCUACUUUAUACCUUUGGGUUGAUUUGAAAACUGAUGGUGAUACUUUGAUUCAAUAUGUUAUCAAGGCUUUAGAACCAUUAAGAGAAAAAGGUUGGUUGACUACUUACACUGAAGGUGAAGGUAUUAAAUGGGGUCCAAUUACUGUUGUCGGUACUGGUAAUACUCCAUAUGACUUUGUUUCUAGUCAAAAAUCAAGAGAUUAUUUCUUUGAUGGUCCUUUAAAGACUUUAAAUAGUUCAUAUCCAAAAGAAUUGAACCCAAUUGCUAGUGCUUCAUUGAAAAAAUUAAUUGGUACUGAAGAUAUAAAUAUUAAUGGAUUAAAUGAUCAACAGUUUGAUCUUUUGAAGACUUAUAUCGAUGAAGCUCAUUCUCAAGGUAUUAAAACAAGAUUAUGGGAUGUCCCUUGGUGGCCAGUUAAAUUGAGAAAUAACCUUUGGAGACAAAUCUUGGAUGCAGGCUCUGAUUUCUUAAAUGCUGAUGACUUAGAAUUCGCUUCAAAAUUUGAAUAG